GCAUCCUUGCCGCUUGCUCCCACCCAUCCCCUCAGAAUCUAGAGCCUGAUCUCCAGUCCAGAUUCAAACAGCAGAGCGUGUGUACAUCUCCACCGCGUACAGACACAAACACAUACCACAGAUUAUUUGUUCCUCUUCUCAAGCAAACAUGUCAGAUGCUCUAGGACCCCCAUACGGCUACGCCUUACGCCGAAACGGCUCCUGCCUCACCACCGAAAACGACUGCGGUCAAACAUGGGCUCCCUUCCACAUCUGCUGCCCGAACGGCACGACAUACGAUUCCAGUAACGGCUCCAAAUGCUGCCCCUCUACGGCCGACUGUACCAGUGACGUCAACGAGCCUCCGCAUUGUGCGAAUUCCACUGCCGUUCUUUACCUCGAAAACGCCUACUUUUGCUGCCCGGAGGGGACGGAUGCCUUUGCCUGGACGACAUACGGUUAUGUGGGCUGUACGGAGGAUAUAUCGGUCUUGGGGGCGGAGUACACCCGGUUAUCGGCGGUACCUAGUUCGACGACAAGUACUUCGACCUCUCAAUCUUCAACUAUGAUCAUGAGAACAUCAGAUCUCUCCAUCACAUCUACGUCCGCCACGACACCUGCAACAAACACAGCUGCGAGAGCAACAGCUGCGACAACGACACUUCCUCCUACGGCAACGUCUGUACCUGACCCUUCAAAUACCCCCUCGAAAACCAACACCGGAGCAAUUGUGGGUGGAGUGGUGGGUGGGGUGGCUGCCGUGGCUUUGAUCGUAUUAUUGACCUGGUUUAUCCUCUAUCGUCGAGGUCUGGCAGCACAAAAGGCCAGGCAGCCGGAUCCAUCCAUAUCUUACUUUUCCCCAAGAAUGAAGUACGAUCGGCCUACUGAACUCUACGCCGGGCAUGUCGCGCCACGGUAUGAGUUGCCAACACGCCAACCACACUAUGAAUUACCGACAGCCCCGCCGCUUUAUGAGAUGUCAGCUGGCACGCCAAAUCUGCCAAGCAGGCCAGAGCUUAUAUGAUAAUAUACCACCAGCUCACGGUUGUAAUGAUCUUUAUAUAAGAAUUCUAGGGCUGACUGUUGAGCCAAAAAGAAGAGGAGAUUGCAAGAAAUACAAAUAGUAACCGAGGGAAC